AUGGCCACCCGUCCGGCUCCGCCCGUCCCCUCGGGGCGGUCCAGGCGCGAUGUGCCGCCAGGCGCUACAGAGCCCCGCGCUUCGCGUCCCAAGCCCCGUAUCGGGCAGUACAUUAUCGAGCGCACGCUCGGCACAGGAAGCUUUGGCAAAGUCAAGCUCGCGACCCACGCGAUUACUGGCCACCAGGUCGCACUCAAGCUCAUCAACAGGAGCAAGAUCACGACGCCCGACAUGAACGCUCGUGUAAAGCGCGAGAUCCAGUACCUCAAGGUCCUGCGGCAUCCGCAUAUCAUCAAGCUUUACGAGGUUAUUACCACGCCCACCGACGUCAUCAUGGUCAUGGAGUACGCCGGCGAGGAGCUGUUCAACUAUAUUGUCGCCAAGGGCAAAGGAGGGAUGGACGAGAAUGAGGCCAGGCGGUUCUUCCAGCAGAUGAUUGGAGCGAUCGAAUACUGUCACCGUCACCAGAUUGUGCACCGUGAUCUCAAGCCUGAAAACCUGUUCCUUGACUCGCACAACAACAUCAAGAUUGGAGACUUUGGGCUGUCCAACCUGAUGACGGACGGCGAUUUCCUAAAGACAUCCUGUGGUUCGCCCAACUAUGCCGCACCCGAGGUCAUCUCUGGCAAGCUCUACUCUGGCCCAGAAAUCGACGUUUGGAGUGCUGGUGUCAUCAUGUAUGUGCUGCUGUGCGGCAAGCUGCCAUUCGACGACGACCACAUUCCUUCCCUCUUCAAGAAGAUUGAGAGCGGUAUCUACUCGAUGCCAUCGCACGUCUCCAAGGAGGCCCAGCACGUCCUGCGCCGCAUGCUCGUUGUCGACCCCGUCAAGCGUGCCACCAUUGCCGAGAUUCGCCAGAUGCCCUUCUUCCUCGAAAACCUCCCACACUACCUCCAGCCCCUUCCUCCCACCCCUUCCAUCGAGCGCUACCCUGCUCUUCCCAUGGACGACCUCAGCACCCUGUUGCUCAUCAACGAGGGCCAGGCCGACCCAAAGGCGCUUGCAGAGUCCAAGGGCCUAAAGUGGACCGAGGACCUUGGUAUCAUCGACCCGGAGAUUGUCAACGAGCUCCUCCAGAAGAUCACCACCUACACAGAGCCUAUGGUGUGGGAGGCUCUGCAGAAGCCCGGCGACAACCAGGUCAAGGUUGCAUACCAGCUCGUCCGUGACCACAAGCGUAUCUUGAGGGACUCCAUGUACGGAUUCGACGACGAGGAUCAGUCCGCGAUGGAAGACUUUUUGGCGUCGUCUCCGCCAGCGUGGAACGCCGAGAUUCCUCAAAACAAGCCUCCCCCCGAGGAGGAGAAUGGAGACGUGGACCUUGAAGAAGUCGACCCAGAGAUCCAGGACAUUCCCAACGCCCACUUUGACGUCCUCGACAGCAGUCUUCCAGGCAAGACAACGCCGACGUCGAGCGACUACCAAGAGCAGGAGGCCGCGGAGCGUGCCGCUCGCGCACUUCUUGCACCCACACCAGACGUCCCCGUGCUCGCAUUUGAGAACAAGCCACUCCAGAAGCCUCGCUGGCACUUUGGCAUCCGCUCUCGCUCGCCGCCAAUGGAGGUCAUGCUGGAGAUUUACAAGACGCUUCAGCUCCUGGGCAUGGAGUGGCGAAAGAAGGACGGCAUAUCACUACCGGAGAUCGGCCCGGUCCCUCCCGGAGGCUACACGGAGGAGGUUGAGGAAACGCUGUGGAAGUACCGCGAGGAUCACCCAGACCGGGAGCCCGUGGCGAUGGGCAAGAAGCCACCAGCAAAGAAGGAGGCGGCAGCGAUCGACAAGUCGGCGCAGGGCCUCUUCUUUGUCGAGACGCGUGCUCGUUACGGCGACGUGAUGGUGCGGAUGGACCUGCAGCUGUACCGCGUCGACGACCAAAACUACCUUGUCGACUUCCGCAACAUGGGAUACUUCCCAGUGCACGACAGCGCAAAGCUGAACGGCGCACAGCCAGAGUCUGCGGAGCCCGGUACAUCCGUGGCCUCGGCAAACGCGGCCGCGACAGAGCGGCUCGUGGCCGCUGCAAAGGCCAAGGAUGGCACCACGCAGAUUGGCGGUGUCUCUGGACCCUUCCAUUUCUUGGAAAUGGCGUGUCAGCUCAUCGCCGAGCUGGCGAGUGGGUAG